AUGAAAGGCCGCGAGCAUUUGCACCCGUCGGUCCGUGCGCUGCCCGCGCUGUCGCUCGCGGAGACGCGCGAGCUGCAGCAGCUGCCCACGCACUUGGACUGGUGCGAACGCGGCUUCUGCGUCCCGAGUUGGAACCAGCACGUGCCACAGUACUGCGGUUCGUGCUACGCCCACGGCGCCCUGUCGAGCGCGCAGGACCGGAUCAAGAUCCUCAAUGCUCGUCGGAGAAAGUUCACGGGCGCCGACGUGAUGCUCGGGCGCCAGAGCUUUCUCAAUUGUGCCCCGGGACACGGCCUCUCGGCGGGCUGCGACGGCGGCGAAGCGCAGGACGUGUACGAGUUCAUGCGUCGCUAUGGCCUGCCGGACGAGUCGUGUUUGCCCUAUAAUGCAACAGACCAUACCAAGUUUACGGCCACUGUGAACAACACGUGCCCACCAGUUGGCUACUGCAUGAAUUGUAUGUACACGCCAACGAGUCGCAAGACGCCUCAGUGUUUCCCCGUGACCAAAGUGGUGCGGUACCGUGCCAAGAGCCACGGCCACUUGUCGGGGGAGCUGGCCAUGAUGAAGGAGAUCAUGACGGGCGGGCCCAUUACUUGCGGCAUUUCGUGCAGUCACGAGUUUAAUUACGAGUACAGGGCUGGUAUUUUGGAGGACACGACGGGGUUCAUGGACUUGGACCACGACGUGGAAGUCGUCGGCUGGGGCGAAGAAAACGGCACCAAGUACUGGCACGUGCGCAACUCGUGGGGAACGUACUGGGGCAUGAACGGGUUCUUUAAGAUCGUGCGGGGGAAGAACAAUCUCGGGAUCGAAGCCGACUGUGCUUUCAUGCAACCGGACAUUAGCGACGAAGAGCUCGUGUGGGAAGAGAAGCCCAUCUACGGAGGCUCGAUCUUUGGGAUCGUGCCGUUCAAAGAGGAAGCAAAGGACCACGUGAUCAAGGACACGACCGAGGACAUCCCGCGCAUUGGGGAUGCUGUGCUGAAAGCUCAUUAUCUACCGGAGGACGCGACACCGUUCACGAGUGAGUCCAAGGCGCGCGAAGACACCGACUCGUUCGUUGUGCCUGCGAUCCUGUUCUUCACGUCUGGCUGCGUCUGUGCGACACUCGCUGCGGUGUCCAUUAUGAAGUUUCGCGGUCACCGUUACGUGUACCGAACGAUCCCAUAG